CUGAGCGGUAGGGGAGUGAGCGAAAGAACUUAACUUUUGUGACGAAACCUGGAAAGUAGUAUGGGCAAGUUUGUGUGUACGGGAGUCAGGGCAGGAGAGAGAGAUUUAGAAACAAGGACGAGGUUGAUUUCACAGACAUAAGGAGCACACGUUGUGAAGAAAAUGCCCACUAACUUCACAGUUGUGCCAGUGGAGGAUUGUAAUGCUUCAAGUUCAAACUAUGAUGGUAAUAACCCAGACGAAGAGAGGCGAGAACUUCUGUUUGGACCUUCCUCAGGUGAUGAAACCCCUUCUGACCAUGACAGGAGCUAUGAUGGGAAGAACAUGGCACUCUUCGAGGAAGAAAUGGACAGUACUCCAAUGGUGGCGUCCCUCCUCAACAAGCUGGCCAAUUAUACAAACCUGACACAGGGGGUUGUAGAUCAUGAGAAAGCUGAGAGUGAAGAUGGGGUUAAGAGGGUCACCGUCAAGGGUCCUCCAAUGGGCACAUUUUUUGGAGUGUAUCUGCCCUGUGUGCAAAACAUCUUGGGUGUUGUUUUGUUUCUGCGCCUCACCUGGAUCGUAGGCACAGCUGGAAUUUUAGGCUCCUUAUCUAUUGUCUUCAUGUGCUGUGCCUGUACAUUACUGACAGCAAUAUCCAUGAGUGCCAUUGCAACUAAUGGAAUGGUGCCAGCUGGUGGCUCAUAUUACAUGAUCUCUAGGGCACUGGGUCCAGAGUUUGGAGGUGCUGUUGGGUUAUGCUUCUACCUUGGUACAACCUUUGCUGGAUCCAUGUAUAUACUGGGCACCAUAGAGAUCCUUUUGAUGUACAUAGUGCCAAGUGCUGCAUUGUUUGAGGACCUGAAUAACAUGCGGGUGUAUGGAACAUGCUGCUUGGCCAUCAUGGCUCUGGUGGUGUUUGUUGGGGUCAGGUAUGUGAAUAAACUGGCACUGGUCUUUCUUUCCUGUGUGAUUCUGUCCAUUAUGGCCAUCUACGCUGGAGUCAUCAGGACUGUCAUCAGCCCUCCAGAUUUCCAAAUCUGUGUACUGGGUAACCGUACACUCAAAAAUAUCGACUUUGACAAAUGCAUGAAGACAGAAGUGAUCAACAACGUAACCUGUACAACAGACCUGUGGAAGCUGUUCUGUAAUUCGCCUUUCCUCAAUGCAACGUGUGAUGAAUACUUUGAACAGAACGAUUUAACAGAGAUCAACGGUAUUCCAGGCCUGCAAAGUGGAAUUAUCACAGAUAACCUAUGGGGAAAUUAUGGCUCUAGUGGGAUGCCGGUAGAAAAGAAGAACCCGGUGUCAUCUCUAGCAGAGAAUAUCAGAGACUAUCAAAGAAUACCGGGGAAUAUGGGAGACAAGUUGCCAUAUGUCUACAAUGAUAUCACCACUUUCUUCACAAUGAUGGUGGGCAUCUACUUCCCCUCGGUCACAGGGAUCAUGGCAGGAUCAAACCGAUCUGGAGAUCUGAAGGAUGCUCAGAGGUCUAUUCCUAUUGGCACCAUUAUGGCCAUUAUUACCACUUCCAUCAUCUAUAUUUCUUGCGUGGUGUUGUUUGGGGCCUGCAUAGACGGAGUGUUAUUGAGAGAUAAGUUUGGGCUCUCUGUGAAAGGAAGCCCGGUGAUAGGCACUCUGGCUUGGCCUUCGCCUUGGGUGAUUGUGAUUGGCUCUUUCUUUUCUUGCUGUGGUGUAGGACUACAGAGCCUGACUGGUGCCCCCAGGCUUCUGCAUGCCAUUGCACAUGAUGGACUCAUUCCCUUCCUACAGGUAUUUGGUCACAGUAAAUCCAAUGGUGAGCCAACCUGGGCAUUGCUGCUAACUGUAGGAAUCUGUGAAAUUGGGAUUCUUAUCGGUUCUGUGGAUGCAGUUGCUCCUAUACUUUCAAUGUUUUUCUUGAUGUGCUACCUCUUUGUAAACUUGGCCUGUGCUAUCCAAACACUCCUGUGCACCCCGAACUGGAGACCUAGGUUUAAAUUCUAUCACUGGAGUCUUUCGGUCCUGGGCAUGACUCUUUGUCUCUCUCUUAUGUUUGUUUCAUCCUGGUAUUAUGCCCUGGUGACCAUACUGAUUGCAGGAUGCAUAUAUAAAUACAUUGAAUACAGAGGGGCAGAGAAGGAGUGGGGCGAUGGAAUCAGAGGGCUGUCCCUAAAUGCUGCACGAUAUGCGCUUAUCAAAUUAGAAGAAGCACCGCCCCAUACCAAGAACUGGAGGCCCCAGCUAUUGGUGUUGCUGAAUCUUGACUCUGAUUUGGCGGUGAAGCAUCCGCGACUACUCACUUUUACAUCUCAGUUGAAGGCUGGGAAAGGCCUGACCAUUGCGUCUUCAGUGCUACAGGGAACCUAUAUGACCCGAAGUGCUGAGGCCAAACGUGCAGAAACAAAUGUCAAGGCGUCCAUGUCUGCAGAGAAAACAAAGGGCUUCUGUCAUGUUGUGGUGUGCUCUAACUUGAGAGAUGGUUUCUCCAACUUGAUCCAGUCAGCUGGUCUGGGAGGCAUGAAGCACAAUGCAGUCUUGAUGGCAUGGCCCUGCAACUGGAGACAGGCUGAGGAUGCAACCUCCUGGAAAAACUUUAUUGAGACAGUGAGAGAGACGACUGCUGCACACCAGGCUUUGCUUGUGGCAAAGAACGUUGAUGUUUUUCCAAGCAACACAGAUCGUCUGGCUGAGGGCACCAUUGAUGUGUGGUGGAUUGUCCAUGAUGGAGGCCUUCUCAUGCUGCUUCCAUUCCUGCUCCGCCAGCACAAGGUGUGGAAAAAGUGUAAGAUGCGGGUCUUUACUGUGGCACAGCUGGAUGAUAACAGCAUUCAGAUGAAGAAGGAUCUACAGAGUUUCAUGUAUCAGCUCCGCCUUAAUGCUGAAGUGGAGGUGGUGGAGAUGCAUGAGAGUGAUAUCUCAGCCUUUACCUACGAGAGGACCUUAGUUAUGGAGCAGCGUUCCCAAAUGCUAAAACAGAUGCAGCUGUCUAAAACCGAGCGGGAAAGAGAGAUUCAAAGCAUUGCAGAUGGAUCCAGGAGCUCCAUUAAAAGAAAGAACAACACAAAGGGCGUGUCUCCCAACACUUUACAAGUGCCUCGCAUGGAUGACCUGGAACAUGAGGCUCACAUGUUUCAUGAAAGGAAUUCUAAGUGCCAUGGUGGCCUCGUAGAAAGGAACAGUCCUGACUCUCAUCAAAUCCACAUGACCUGGACCAAAGAGAAAUUUGCUGCUGAGAGGCACCGUCACCGUGGGGCUGGAGCAUGCGUACGGGACAUCUUCAACAUGAAACCAGAGUGGGAGAACCUAAACCAGUCCAAUGUCAGAAGAAUGCACACUGCAGUCAAAUUGAAUGAAGCUGUGGUCAACAAAUCCCAGAAUGCCCACCUUGUCUUACUGAAUAUGCCUGGACCACCUAAAAACAAGGGUGGUGAUGAGAACUACAUGGAAUUUUUGGAGGUGUUAAUAGAAGGUUUGGAGCGGGUUCUGCUUGUACGAGGUGGAGGAAGAGAGGUCAUCACCGUCUACUCAUAGUUCACAGUGGAAAUAACUAGUACUCAGGGAAGGUUUUUUAAAAAAGGCAAUAAAAUAUUUUUACCACACUGGUACAGUCAGUUAGACCUAUAUAAAAAUGCCUCAUUUGGUCAAACAUUUCCUAUCUUUAAAAGAAAGUUUAAAAAAAUAUUUUGAUAGUACCAAUAAUAUAAAUACAGUGUAAAUGUUCAUAUUUUAUGCAAAGUACUGGCAUUGGUUUCACAACGGCCCUUCCAUGCACAAUUUUAUCCCAGUGUUAAAAUCUGAGUUUCAGUUUGGUCCUAAUAUGUUUUAAGAAGGUGUCUCUUUAAACUAUUAGUGCCUACCUUGCUGCCUACUGUUCACGUUAUAUGCUUUCAUAACACAAUAAAGGUAUAAUAAUAGGGCACUGAUAAUCUAAGCUUUGAAAAGCCCAUCUGUUCUACCAAUCACAUAUUAAAAAUAUAUUGCAUCUAAUACAUUGUGACCCAUGAAGUAAGCUCAAAACAACUUAAUUUUCCAGAAUAUAAUUUUCUCUGAUACUCACUAUGGCAGUAAGGAUGUGUUUACUUUUGACAUAUAAAAUACCAACUACCAAAUGAUUUAUUCAUCAACAAAAUGCAGAGUUGACAUUUAUAACAUAAAAAAAAUAUCCCCCUUAAAGCAGAAUAUGACAUUUAACAAAAGGCUUAUCUGGGAAUACCAAAUAAUAUCAAAACCCUAAAUCUGUGGGGACUGGCACUAAAUAUUAAUAUUAUAUAUUAAACUUUGUUAAAUUACAUUAUUAUAAUUCUUUAUUAUGUUAUAUUGUGUGUGCUGUAAGACACUACAAUUAUUGGUGUUGUCAUUUAAAGUGUUUGUGUUUUUUUUAUUCUUCCAUGUAAUAUGCUGCUAUUUUCAUAGGAAAGUGUUUGUUCCUAUUGGCUCUCGAAGGGUGCCAUUUCCUCACAAGAAGAACUUCAUUAUACAAUUCAUAUAAACCACAAAAUAGAUUGUUGUGGGAGAUUCAGCAUGAUGAAAACAUACAUAUGACAUGACCUCAUUCAGUCACAAUUUUGAAGAACAAGAUAUUUGUAACUAGUUUAACUAAUAGAUAAAUUGUAGCAUAGAUAAUUGUACAUAGUUGAGGCAUCAAUUAACUUAAAAGAAGAUGUAUUGCUUGAUUUCAUUACAGGUGGCCUUCAAGCGAUUCCUGUAUUCAUUCUUAGUCAGACAGUACUAUGUUUUAUUAAUUUGUUUAGUGAACAUUGUGUAAAUUACCUGUUAAUUAUAUUUGCAUUGCAAAGUCUGUUCACUCAUCACAUUGGCCGCCUAUUUUCAGUUUAAUUAAAACUCUAUGUUUGGAUUUUACUUGCUUUCUUUACAUUUUUAAUUACAUACCAAACAUAAGCAGAUGAAUUUAUGUUAAUUAUUUUUUCUCUCAAUAAACUUUUUUUUUUCA